AUGCCUGCCUUUCUAGAGACACGGUGCUUAAAAUUUCACUUCACUCUAAGCGAGGAAGAACUGUCUCAUUACUUUGGAACCACAUUAUUGAAACAAGUUCCAGAUUAUGACUUCAUACCUGUGCAGUCAAUUCAGGAACAGGGGACAAGGACGGAGUCUCGAAACAUCACGCUGAAAGCGUUCGGUCAAGAGUAUCAACUGUACCUAACAGAGAACAGGAAUCUCAUAUCACCCGAUUGUUUAGUUAACCAAAUAUACUCAAAUGGAAGUAAGGAGAGUGUCCCAUGUACCGUUGGGGGAGAAAAUUGUCACUACAUUGGACGUUCGGAGUCUCAUCCAGGUUCUGUUGUCGCCGUCAGUGUCUGCGAUGGAUUGCAUGGCGUUAUAAGUACACCAGACCACGAUUUAUACAUUCAACCUUUGCUGAGUACCCACAAAAGUCGUGUUUCAGGUGAAGAUGAUCACUUGGUGGUGAGGCGCUCAAUACAGCGAGGGAACGAUUUUUCGGAUGAAGACAAAUUGAUCGUAAAGCGAUCCCCAAGACGAUAUUUGGAAACUAAAGUUGUGGUUGCGCAUGAUAGUCAGCUUUUCCAUGGCAGCGACACGACAAGAUUUGUAACAACGAUAAUGAACAUGGCAGCAAGGAUUUUUUUGGAUCCUUCACUGGGCGAUAGUAAACUCUAUGUAGCCCUGGUGGAUAUCACGAUUUUAAAGGAAGAUAUGUCUGACCUAAAGAUCGUAGCAGACUCCGGGGACCUCUUGGAAACAUUUUGCCAGUGGCAGAAAAAUCACGAACCAAAUGACGAAUCUGAUUCUAAAUACCCAGACGUGUCCAUUCUUAUCACAAAGAAGGACCUUGAGAAAAAUGGAGAUAAAAUGAAUGUCGGUCUGGGUACUAUGGGUGGAGUAUGUUACACUGAUAGAAAAUGCACUGUGAAUCAGGACUCGGGUUUAGACACAGCAUCCACUAUUGUACACGAACUUGGACAUGCAUUAGGAAUGAAACACGAUGGUGAUGGGAAUCAGUGUCCUCGAAAUAAGUACAUUAUGUCUCCAUAUGGUUCUACGAGUUCCGAUACUGCAAAAUGGUCGUCAUGUAGCGCUCAGUAUCUAAGAAACUACCUAAGUGGAGUGAGGUGUCUAUCAGAUAUACCCAGUCGAUCAUCUGUAAAACUCUAUGACAAUAUUGAAGAAAAACCUGGAAUCAAAUAUUCAGCCGAUGUACAGUGUACAAUGUUCUUUGGUGGAAUAACAAAGUCAUGUGUGAGAAGAACACAUCCUUGCCGUGCAGACUGCAUCAGUCCUGACACGCAGCAGUGUAUAAUCGUCGCGAGUUCCUUUGUUGACGGAACAGAAUGCGGAGGGAGAAAUUGGUGUAUAAAUGGCCAUUGUGUGGCAAUGGGUCAGGGUGCCCCAAAGCCGGUAGAUGGCGGGUGGUCGUCCUGGGACUCCCAGUGGUCUGGUUGCUCUAGAAGCUGUGGAGGUGGAGUUACACUAAAGAAAAGAACCUGCACCAAUCCGGAACCAAGAUUUGGUGGUCGUGAAUGUUCAGGAAAAUCAUACCAAGCAAAACUCUGCAACCUUCAGCCCUGUGUGACCAGCCAACAUCAAUUUUUCGAGGAACAAUGUUCUGCAACAAACAAAAAUCCAGUUCAUGGACAACAAUACAAGUUUGUACCGUUUACAGAAAGUGAAUCAGAUUGCAAACUGACAUGCAGAGCUUUGAACGACAACCUGAUAUACACACGCGCAGAAGCUGUAGCAGAUGGAUCAGUGUGUCACAUGGCAUCUGCAGCCUUCGAGUCAAGAUGUGUAAAAGGGGUUUGCGAGGGUUUUGGUUGUGACGGCAUUUUAGGAUCUCGAGCAAAGUUCGAUAACUGUGGAGUUUGUAAUGGUGCGGGAAAUGCAUGCACGGCCCAUUCAGGAAAAUACACAGAAAAUCAUCCGGGCGGGUAUCACACAGUAUUGACAAUACCCGUAGGAAGUACUGGCAUAAAAGUGGAAAACAAGAAUGGCUACAACUUUAUGGGAUUAAAAAUCAAUGGACGAGGUAUAUUUGGACAGAACAAGAACAAAGCGCUAUCUGGUACUUACGGAGGAUCAAGGGUGGUCAUCGAAUACCGUGCAACUCCCGAAAAAAUAGAAAUUGUUGGCCCUACCACUGCAAACGUGGAGAUCGAAGUUUAUCAGAAAUUCGACGCCUCACAGUAUGUGGGUGUAGCUCCAGACAUCACGUAUACCUAUCAUACCCCGACUGGUGGUUCCUCAGGUCAUGCAAACUUCAAAUGGCACGUCAUCACGGGGCAAUGCAGUGCCUCAUGUGGAACAGGGACACAGCUGAGGACUGCGAAAUGCGUCAGAAUCAGCGACAAUAGAAAUGUGGAAGACUACAACUGUGAUGUAUUUCAAAAGCCCUCGGAAACAUCCGUCUUCUGCAACAUCCAGGCAUGCCCCCCAGAAUGGCAUGCAUUUUCAUGGGGACAGUGCAGCAAAGAGUGUGGAAAUGGAACCCAUACAAGAAGGGUACAGUGUGUAACUAUACAACGAAACAAAUUCACCGCGGUAUCAGAAAGUCGGUGUAACGCCGCGAGGAAACCCAGAACUAGCGGGUUAUGCAACACACAGUCGUGUGAAGUUACAGGUGUUUGCUCGGAUAAAGUGGACUGUCGUGCCUAUGGAAAUCAGGUGUGCUCAAAAUAUCCAGAGUGGUCCAAGCUGAAUUGUGUUAAACAUUGUAACUUGUGUCCCGAAGCAAAACCAUGCGAGGACCUUGAAGAUUGCCCAGCAUAUGGAACCAAUGUCUGUGCGGAGUACAAAGACUGGGCUCAGAUCAACUGCAGAAAACACUGUGGCUUCUGUACUUCCGGUGGCUCCACUGUAGUGGGAAUUGGAGGGAGCUGCUCAGAUAAGGUAAAUUGUGCUGAGUAUGAAGAUGAUAUCUGCACGAAUCCUCAAUUUGCAAAAUGGUCCCGAGAGCAUUGUCCUAAUUGGUGCAAUUUAUGUGAAAACACUUCACCUGGAACUGGCAAUACAGACGCACAGGCGAAUAAUGAUCCUUGUCGAGACAAAGUUAAGUGCAAUGAAUAUGGUGAUGACGUAUGCACAGCGUAUGGACCGUGGGCACAUAAGAACUGCGCACGUCACUGCAAGUUUUGCCAACCUUGUACAGAUAAACUGUUAGACUGUGCUGAUUAUGGAAAGAGUUCGUGUACUGGAAAUUAUGAAAACUGGGCAAAACAAAAUUGUAAACUGUACUGUAACUACUGUGAUGCUGUGAAUGUGAACACAAGCUCUGGUACAUCGCACCAGGGAAGUUCAAAUCAAGCAAGCAGUGGCAGUAGCAACAAUGUCCAAUCAUCGUCUUCUAACAUUGCGAGUAGCGACCCCUGUCGGGAUGUAGAGAAGUGUAACGAAUAUGGUGAUGAUGUUUGCAUUGAGUAUGAGCCAUGGGCAAGGAGAAACUGUGCGCGCCACUGUAAAUUUUGUGAACCAUGUAAAGACGCAAUAUCGGACUGUGCAGCGUAUGGGAAAAGUUCUUGUACAGGUGUUUACGAAUCUUGGGCGAGAAAGAACUGCAAACUGUAUUGUAACUAUUGUGGAGGUGGUUCCAAAUCCGACACCCAUAAAACUACAGAAAUAGUAUCAACCACUGCUCCAACAACGCCUGCUUCUGUUGAAACUACUAUUUUGGUCAGCAGCGACCCUUGCAGGGACCUUGUGAGGUGCGAGGAGUACGGAAAUGACGUAUGUACUGGGUACGCAGCCUGGUCCCAAAAAAAUUGUCGCCGUCAUUGCAAAAUCUGCCAACCAUGCAAAGAUGCAAUAGAGGAUUGUGCAGAUUAUGGCAGACAAGCAUGCACCGGUGGCUAUAUUCCUUGGGCAAAAAAGAAUUGUCGACUCUAUUGUAACCUAUGUGGCACAGAUAGCACAACAACCACUUCUACCACCACCACCACCACCACCACCACUACUACUACAACCACCACAACACCGCCACCAACAACUGUGAUAGUUAGCAGUGAUCACUGCCGUGACAAAAUCAACGACUGUGACGAAUACGGCGAUGACGUAUGCACUGCUUACACUCCGUGGGCAAAAAUUAAUUGCAGACGACAUUGCAAAUUCUGUCAGCCUUGUAGCGACAAGUUGUCAGAUUGUGCAAGCUACGGACGAAGUGCUUGCAGGGGACGCUACGCAAGCUGGGCAAAGAUAAACUGUCAGCUGUACUGUAACUUGUGCGAGUCUAGGACUAAACGUUCUGCUUGGCAUAUUCAAGCACCAGAGAAAGUUGAUGAUAUUGAUCAUUUGGAAACAGAUUUGAUAAAUAUGAAAGGCAACAAUGAAAUACUUCUGGUUCCCAGUAAAAAUCCUAACAGUUCUGAAGUAAGAUUACCGGCACCAGAAUCUCAGAAUUCGGUUCCGUCCAAAGUUCAUCUCGUUCCUGAGAUUGUUAACAAGAAUUCUGUUGGGGAGGUUCCAAACGAGGGUGGAGGAGUCCCUCUCCGUCCAGUAGAGGAAUAUUCGGAGGGUCGUUUACCCUCAGGAGGAAACAGUCUAGAUAUGAACGAAAAUAUCCCACCGGAAAAAUUGAACUCGAAGGGAGAAAUUGUGAUCAACGAAGUCCAAAAACUUGAAAAUGUGGUGGAAGAAAGCGUCAAAAUGUAAAUCCGUAAUAACACAUGAAUCUCUGUUUUGAGAAAAUUAAAACUUUUUUUUCGUUUUUGUAAAAAGAUGUUAUUUAUGUCAGAAUUAUAGUAGUAAAUUUA